GACGCGCCAGCUGUGUCAACAACCCACACUCGGCCACAUCUAAGCACACCGCACCGACGCAGCGGAGUUCUGCAAACGACGACGACGACGACCGACGCGAUCGAGCACGCGGCCAUCGAGCACCGGCAACGCAUGCUCGCGGCCGCAGCAGAGGGGACAUGAGUUCGCGCCGCAGUGAUCUACGGCCACGCUCAGCACGAUGGCCUCUGCCAAUGGAGCGGGCGGUGGCGGCGGUGGAAACAUAAAGGUCGUGGUGCGUGUGCGGCCUUUCAACUCGCGCGAGACGGGCCGCAACGCAAAAUGUAUCGUGUCGAUGAAGGACAAGCAGACUGUGCUCUCCCCACCGCCGCCCGAUGGCAAGAAUAAGGCGGGAAAGGCUGCGCUCGAGGGCAACAAGACGUUUGCCUUCGACAAGUCAUACUGGUCCUUCAAUCGCAGCGACGACAAUUUUGCCGGACAGGAGGAUGUCUUCAACGACUUGGGCAAGCCAUUGCUACAGAAUGCCUUCCAAGGCUACAACAACUGCAUUUUUGCCUAUGGGCAGACGGGUUCUGGCAAGAGUUACAGUAUGAUGGGCUAUGGCGAGGAGGAGGGUGUGAUUCCACGCAUUUGUAGGGAGAUGUUCGAGACCAUCAAUGGAAUUCAGACGAAUGAUGCAAACACCACAUGCACCGUCGAGGUCUCGUACCUCGAGAUCUACAACGAGCGAGUUCGCGACCUGCUCAACCCGAGCAAUAAAGGCAACCUAAAGGUCCGAGAGCAUCCCUCUACAGGUCCAUACGUGGAGGACCUUGCGAAGCUUGUGGUCCGUAGCUUCGUGGAGAUUGAGCACCUCAUGGACGAAGGAAACAAGGCACGAACAGUCGCUGCGACGAACAUGAAUGAAACAUCCUCGCGAUCGCACGCCGUCUUCACUUUGACAUUGACACAAAAGCGCCACGAUGUGGAAACGAACAUGGAGUCGGAGAAGGUAGCCAAAAUCAGUCUUGUCGAUCUGGCAGGAUCAGAGCGAGCGACAAGCACGGGAGCGACCGGUGCAAGAUUGAAAGAGGGUGCUGAAAUCAAUCGUUCGCUGUCUACGCUGGGUCGAGUCAUAGCAGCAUUGGCAGAUAUGAGCUCAAGCACCAAAGCCAAGGCAAAAGGCAUGCAGGUACCAUAUCGAGACUCUGUCUUGACUUGGCUGUUGAAAGACAGUCUGGGCGGCAACAGUCUCACUGCCAUGAUCGCCGCCAUUUCUCCAGCCGACAUUAACUUCGAAGAGACACUGUCAACUCUUCGCUAUGCCGACAGUGCUAAGCGAAUCAAGAACCACGCGGUUGUCAACGAAGAUCCGAAUGCCCGCAUGAUCCGUGAGCUCAAGGAGGAGCUGGCACAGCUGCGGUCAAAAUUGACCAGCGGAGGGACGGUCGCUGAGGAGCAAUACAGCGCCGACACGCCAUUGGAGAAACAGAUUGUCAGCUUCACGCAAGCCGAUGGUACUGUGAAGAAAGUCUCCAAAGCUGAAAUUCAAGAACAGUUGUCGCAAUCGGAGAAGCUCUAUCUCGAUCUCAAUCAAACAUGGGAAGAGAAGCUCACCAAGACGGAGCAGAUCCACAAAGAGCGCGAAGCUGCUUUGGAAGAGCUGGGCAUCAGCAUCGAGAAGGGCUUUGUGGGAGUGAGCACGCCCAAGAAGAUGCCUCACUUGGUGAAUCUGAGUGAUGACCCACUGUUGGCUGAAUGUCUCGUCUACAAUCUGAAGCCCGGAACCACUACUGUUGGAAACGUGGACACGAACCCUGCGCCUGCUGAAGAUGGCGACACCUCGAAUUCGACGACGGUCGACAUCCGCCUGAAUGGAUCAAAGAUUCUUCAUGAACACUGCACUUUCGAGAAUGUGGACGGUGCUGUCACUGUGGUACCCAAGGAAGGCGCCUCAGUGAUGGUCAAUGGCAUCCGAAUCGAUGCACCAAAGAGACUGCGAUCGGGCGACCGUCUCAUUCUCGGAGAUUUCCUCAUUUUCAGAUUUAGCUCGCCCCUUGAAGCCAAAGAAGAACGAGCAGAGCAGGGCAGCCUGCUGAAAUACUCAAUCACAGCUGAUCAGAUCGAUUCGCCCUCACCACGCCUGCCUGGCCAUGAAAGGACCUCAAGUUCAAUGAGCCGCAUAUGGUCAGACGAUGAAGGAGAUUCUCGAAGUCCUGGCAACAGAUCUCCGGCGCCAUAUCGUCUACAUGGUCGGGAUCACGAUUGGGCGUAUGCACGGCGCGAAGCCAUUGCUUCAACGCUGGGGCCAGAUCAGAAGAUAUCAGACCUUACAGACGAUCAGCUUGAUGUUCUGUUCGAUGAUUUGCAGCGCGCACGUGCAGUACGAAAGGGGAGGCCAGAAUCUAAGCUAUUCGAUAAUUACGGAGGUGACACCGAUACUGAAUCAGUGUCUUCACAUCCAGUGCGGGACAAAUAUCUGAGCAACGGCACACUGGACAAUUUUUCGCUAGACACGGCUCUGACCCUUCCCUCAACACCGCGGCACAGUGAAGACGAAGACCAGCUGAGGCAUACCAAAGACGAAUUGCGGGAGCAGCUCGAUAAGCAGAAAGAAGAGUACGAGAGUAAACUACAAACCGCAGGAGAGGGUAGUGCUGAAAUUGAAGAGCUUCGGACUGAAAAGGCGAAAAUGGAAGCCUCACUCGAAGAGAUGAAAGAGCAGAUGCAGAAGCAGCUGGCUGAGCAGAAGAAAGAAUUUGAUCGCCAACUACGCGAGCUCCGAAUACCGCGCAAGCCGAGAAGGAAAAGUCAACACCAAGGUCUGAGCGAAAGAGAGGUUUGGCUGGCCAGAUAUGUGCUGAACCACUGGAAGCGCCAUCGAUACGUAGCCAUGGCCGCCGGUGUUCUCAGGAACGCUUCGCUACUGAAGGAGGCCCAGAUUAUGAGCCAGCAGAUUGGGCGAAGUGUGGUGUUUCAAUUUACCAUUGUGGACAUUGGGCACACUCUCGGCUCGUCAUAUGACCUUGUGUUGAAUGGCAUCACCACGGAAGAAAGCAAUGAUCCCGAGCUGGAAGUCGCACUUAAGCCAUGCUUGGCCAUCAGGGUCAUCGACUUUCACAGCAACGUUAUACGGCUUUGGUCGAUAGAAAAGCUACACCGCCGGGUACAGACAAUGCGACAGAUGCUGCAGUUCCUCGAUCGCCCCGAAUACACGCAGCAUUUCAAUCUCAGCAACCCAUUCGACGAGGACUGUAUGCCAGACUACACGAGGAUCGGAGAUGCUGACAUCCCACUUGCGGCGGUGUUCGAGUGUCGCGUGCAAGACUUCACCUUGGACGUCUACUCGCCAUAUACUUGCUCCAUCGUGGGGGUGAUACAUCUUUCUCUCGAGCCAAGCUCGGCGGAAGCUCCCGGCAGCGUUCUCAAAUUCAACGUGGUUAUGCACGAGCUCUUGGGCUUCGCGGAGAGGGAGGGAACGAAUGUUCAUGCACAAUUAUUCGUGCCUGGUGUCUCAGAAGAGGGCGGCGCAACCACGACCGCCCUUAUCAGCGGUUUUGGAGAAGGCCCCGCACGAUUUGACAGUGUGCAUAGCAUGAGUCUGCCACUGUCAGCCCCCCAGGACGCAAGCCUCAGAGUGAGCAUAUUCGCACAAGUCACCAGCAUGCACAUGGACAAGCUCCUUAGUUGGGACGACAUGCGUGAUGCAUCCAUCUCAGCGAACAUCAAGCCUAGGAUGAAAAGGCAACACUCGCGACUGCCCGAGCACGAGUAUUACAGCGAUGAGAGACACGAUGUUUUCGCGAGGGUGCAAAUACUGGAGAUCAACGAAGAGGGUGAAUAUCAACCUGUGGAAGUUGUGCAGAAUGACACAUCAGAUCAAGGGGCAUAUCAACUCCAUCAGGGCAUCCAAAGACGUAUCGUGCUUCAUUUGCAGCACAAUUCGGGCAACAGUCUUCCAUGGAAAGACGUCGACCGUAUGAAAGUUGGCAAAGUGCGCCUAUUGGACAGCACUGGCAAGGUCACCGACGAGGAUAGUAGCCAGCCGGAUGUGCCGCUAAUAGCGGUCUCGCCGCCGAUCAUUCGCAAGGAUUCUGACGGCACAACUGAUGUGAAGUUGACGGUGCAAUGGGACUCGAGCGCGCACAAUUCUGCAUUGUUGGAUCGACCUACACUGGAUAAGUAUCGUGUGCAACUCACACUACGUUUCGAGGUGCACUCGCCAAGAGUUACACAUCCCAUGGGUUUUGGCUUCGACAUCGCGAUGCAGACCCGGCCUCGUAAUUGGUAUCGUCAAAACUCUCUCCUUGGGCAGUUGUUUCACAAUCAACGUGUUGUCCAUUCGACCGCGGCGACGUACGCAGUGACAUUGAAGCCAAGCCAAGCGAAGAGGGCUGGCGAUUUGUGGCGAAUGGAUACCACCGGUGACUACAUAUCAGGACAAGAAGGUCUUUCUAGCUGGGCACCACGAGGCGUCUCCCUUAUCCGAGACUGGAUGAAUCUGAACAAGCGGCGCUUCCGAACUGCUGAGAUCGAGGCUGCGCGUGGUGCUCUUGGCCCCAGCGCGUUACUACCACCCGAGGGAACGCGCGACAACAAUAACAGCGAGAUGACCGAACAGCAGAAGGAGCUCGUGCAAAGGUUCUUGGACGUUUGGGACACUGGCCCAUCUGUCAGUGAGAUCUUGCUCCUUGACUGCAACACUGACUCUCCGGCCAACGGUGCUGCAUUUACGAGCGCAACUGCCAAUGGCGAAGACGACAUGCCCCUGGCGGCUACAGUGGAAACGCAACUGAAGUCGCCGAAGGUAUUGAAAUCCGGCUGGCUUCUGUGCCCUGACAACUCAGGCAGGCGGUGGGAGAAGACUUUCGUGGAGCUCAGACGUCCAUUCCUACACCUGUACGAUGGCAAAGCUGGUGACGAGGUCAACGCCGUCAACCUCACCAAUUCACGAAUUGACGCCGAGCCCGAAAUUGCAGCAUUAUUGCAAAGACCGAAUGUACGCAUGGAAGUGUGGGCUGUGUACACCACCAAUCGAGCAUACCUAUUCGCAUGCCGCAACGACAAAGAACGUGGUGAAUGGAUCUGGGCGCUAGACCGCAGCUAUGUCGCCAACGGAAGUGGGGGCAGAACGCCCGAAGAGUGGGAUCUGGAGUAAAAUGUGGACCGCACACACACAAAGUACGUUUCCUUGGUUAUACUGUUCAGCAG